AUGAAACUCCAUCCCCUAGGUCUCUUCCUGCUCUCUUGCACUUGGCUGCUACUAUGUGCUGCCGCGCCGGUGACGGUGAGAGCAGGCAUCCGGCGUGAAGCGGAAGCGCUAGUGAAUUGGAAGGCUAGCUUGGUCAGUGCGGAUGACUCCCUUGGAUCAUGGUCGUUGGCCAACUCCACCAGCCUUUGCAAGUGGACGCACAUCACUUGCAACUCGGCUGGGCACAUGACAGAGCUCCUUCUUAUGCAGACAAGUUUGAACGGCACACUUGACAGGUUCGACUUCUCGGCUUUUCCCCACCUGAAGAGUCUCACCUUGUUCAGCAAUGGUCUAUAUGGUACAAUUCCAGCAGGGAUUGGCAACCUGACGAGCUUGGCCCAGUUGUAUAUCUUCAAUAAUACAUCUUUGAGGGGUGCCAUUCCGCACAGCAUUGGACAACUUAAGCACCUUUCUGAACUGUAUCUAUCACUCCUGGGGCUCGAUAGCAAUCUACCUGAAGAGAUUGGUAACUUGACGACAUUGGAGGAGCUCCAUCUUCACUCGGUUACUUUGACCGGGUCAAUUCCACGAACAAUUGGGAAGCUGGUGAAGCUCCGCGAGCUCAGCAUGCAAAAGAACAAUCUGACAGGGAGCAUCCCACUUGAGAUUGGAAACAUCACACAACUAAACAACCUGCAAUUAUGGUAUAACUAUUUACAAGGGCAGCUACCAGGUACCAUCUCUAAUUUGGCGUCACUCCAGGAAUUGGUUCUGACAGGAAACCAGCUCGGAGGCCACAUCAUCUCUGAGUUUGGGAAUAGCAGCCUCCUGGAUACAGUUGAUAUUGAAAGGAACAACUUCUCCGGGCUGUUCCCGUCAUCCAUUUGCAUAGGAGGACGGCUGCGUAUUGUGAGUGCUAGGUCCAAUGGAUUCACGGGCAUUCACCACCACACCUUCCGAAACUGCACAUCCGUGAGGUAUGUUGACUUCACGGCAAACAACAUUGUUGCAGAUAUAAAGGACUGUGUUGGCGAGCAUCCAUGGCAGCUUAGCAUGAUGAGUUUGGGUCAAAAUCACUUGUAUGGCAGGCUACUGACAGAUGGGGGCAAGGUAUUCAUUUGUAACUCUACUUAUUUAACCUUCCUAGACCUAUCAAACAAUUUGUUAGAUGGAGGUCUCCCCAAGUGUUUGUGGGACAUGCCAAGUUUGGGAUACAUGGAUCUUUCCAGCAAUUCUUUCAGUGGUGUAGUUCCCUCUUGGAAGACUUGCGAAGAUAAUCUUAUCUGUUUACGCCUAGCCAAUAACCAUUUGAAAGGAACCUUUCCUUUGGGUCUUAGGAAAUGCAAAAACCUUAUCAGUCUAGAUCUUGGAGGCAAUAAUUUCUCAGGUAGAAUACCUUCUUGGAUAAGCAAGAGCUUGCCAAAUCUCAUUGUUCUUCGAUUGUCAUCAAAUAUGUUUGGUGGAAUCAUACCCCACCAGAUAUUAAAAUUCCAGCAACUCCAUGUAUUGGACUUGUCAAAAAACAACCUCAGUGGACCCAUUCCAGACAAUUUUACCAAUUUUACUGGCAUGGUACAUAAUGCAGAAGACAUUGUCUCGGACAAUAAUCUAAGAUUUGAGAUAAUUAGUGGGCAGACUCAAAUAGUUUGGAAAGGUGCGGAUCAUGGUUUCCCAAUCCUAAUGGUAGGUAUUGUGGGUAUCGACUUAUCUGGCAACUCUCUGUCACAAGAGAUUCCAAAGGGGCUCACAACCCUUCUUGGACUGAGGUAUCUGAACUUAUCAGGAAAUCAUUUGUUGGGCUGCAUUCCCGAAGACAUUGGCAAUCUAGUACUGCUGGAAUCCUUGGACCUUUCUCUGAACCGACUCUCGGGAGAAAUUCCUCCAAGCUUUGCAGGUUUGAAGAGCAUAACCGCUCUGAACCUCUCGAGUAACAAUUUAUCGGGGUUGAUACCUAUGAGCGAUCAGCUGCGAACGCUCCCAGAUCCAUCCAUAUACAGCAACAAUCCAGGGUUAUGUGGUUUCCCCUUGGAGGGCUGUGUAGACUCGCCGACAUCGACGCAAAGCGGAAUGAGCCAGGCUGAAGACAACAGGGAGGCAUUGUGGCUGUAUUGCUUUGUGGCUGCUGGGUUCAUCUUUGGGUUCUGGCUGUACUGCGGCAUGUUCUGGUUUUACAGCGAGACCUGGAGGUGUGCAUUCUAUCAGUAUGUGGACAACAUGCAAGGGAAGGUAACCAAGAAGAUGUAUAGCUGCAUGUCAUACUUCCAGGCCAAGGUCCAUGGAUGA